AUGAAGAAACACGUGAUCAAGAAACCAAAAUCUCUUUCUGGAGUGAUUCGUCGCAAAGUGGAGAAACCAAAAACCAAACCUGACGACCAACAAGGAUCGAAAAAGCUACAGCCAUAUACCAUUUUGAACCCAGUGGAGCAGGGAUCGUAUGGUCACGUGAGCAGAGCAUUACAGGUGUCCACAGGCCAAGUUGUGGCUGUCAAACGGCUCAAAUCGAACCCCAAUACAGGUUCCGAGGGCGUUCCAAUAACUGUGAUUCGCGAAAUCAAGUGUUUACAGCUGUUGGAAGGGAGCCAUCACGUGGUGAAGCUAUUGGACGUGAUUUCUUCGCCUCUCCAGCUGGUUCUGGAGUUUUGUGAACAUGAUCUCAAGAGUAUCAUCAACACUCAUACUGCUCCUUUUGGGGAAUCAGCAGUGAAACGCAUCGUCAAGGAUAUUUUGACCGGUCUAGAUUUCAUUCAUUCACAUGGUGUGAUUCACAGGGAUAUCAAGCCGGCAAACUUGUUGUAUACUCAGGGACGAGUGACGAAAAUAGCUGACUUUGGCUUGGCUAGGCUUGUAGAUGAGGAUGCCGAGUACACGAGGGAGGUGGUUUCAUUGUGGUAUAGAGCUCCUGAGGUGUUGCGUGGUGAAAAGUACACGACAGACAUUGAUGUAUGGGCUGUGGGGUGUGUGACGAGAGAACUCGAUACGGGAAAGGUGCUUCUGAGAGGCAGGAACGAGAUUGAACAGCUGGAUCUGUGCAGUCAUAUUGGAGACAAGAUUAGAAACGACAAUUUCCUAAAGGCUGUGUUUGAAGAGCGACUUUCUGCGGCUCAAUUGUUGUACUCAGACUACUUUGCACGUGACCCUGUUCCGAAAGAGCGUCUGUUGAUGCCCACAUUUCCAUCCCGGGCCAGUGGCGACUGA